AUGGAGGACACCAAUCCAAGGGCAUCUGGAUCCGAUAUGGGCCCAGUAAAAGAGGAUGCCCUACCUACAGAACCCCUCGAUACCCCGCGUUCCCCCAGUACGGAAGAAAAGCCUGGGGCAAUCGCACCGACGUUCCUGUUGAACGAAAUCGAAGCGCUGAAGGAGAAGCUAUCACUCUUGGAGCAGCUGGCUCUAGAUUCUCGCGUUGCUGGAAAAGAAGAUUUUUCGCAACCAAGGCGCGCUUCAGAUGUCGGUCCGGUCCAGCUUCAAGCCAAUCGGAAGGCAGAACUCCGAGACUACCGCCGCAGAGCACAAUGCCUCUACGGCCAUCGAAAAGAGUUUGAAGCUGACGGGGGGCCUGGCGAUUGGAGGUAUCAUAGUUUCUACUCCUCAUACGGAGCUGAUGGCAAAAAGGAUACCGAUCACUGGGGGAUGGCCACCAAAAAUAAGUACCAACGGCCAGAUCCUUUUGACCCCUCACACCAAUGCGAUAUGAAUCCAGAUAUCUUCGCACAUGAAACCCCGGAUAUAUUCGAUCAGACCAUCGAUUUUGGUGCGCGGCGCGAGCGUUUGCGCCGUAAUUUCGAGUGGGACUUGGAUCGGAUCUACCAUGCUGAAGAAACUCAAAAGCGAAUCCGCGAGAAGGAAGCCGACACUGCAGCAGAGCGUAGACGCGCCGAAGCCAUUGCAAAAGCUGCUGGCCACGGAUCUUUGGCAUCGGAGACGAGCCCCGAAAGCCAAUUGAAACGAUUGGAUUGGCUCGCUUUUCGCACGAAACCUUCGGUGACACAAGAUGGUGUAUGUUGCAUUGAUGUCCUGGUAGGUGAGCCUGCCAUCGCCAACACUCAGGACUCGUGGUACGGCUUCUCUUCAGAGAGUAUCCGCAAAGUCCCGGAGACUAGAAACCAGCUAUUUCAGGAUCUGACAAACUCUGGAAAUCGCCCAGUACCUGAAAGGAUCAGGAUUUACUCCCCAUUGCUGCAGUCAAUUCUUUCCAAGGUUCUUGGGCAUCCUGUGCUUGUGGGCGAGGACUUAGACUUCGUUCUUCUUCGCCCUUUCAAAGCACUUGUAUAUCGCGAAGAAGCUUUGCGCGAUUGGCUUUUGGCCCUGGAAAGGAAGUUUGGCGGUGCUAAGAAUGACACGCACACAACUCAGACAAGCAGAACUGCUGAUGCUGAACUAAAAGCUCCGUCGGAAUUAGAGACAGGUGCUACAAGACCUCAAAGCGCUGUGGCCGAUUCAGUAUCUCCACAGACAGAAGAUCCCACAAUGGAGCCUGCAACGAAGAAUUCCGACGUGGACCACAACGGGAUCAAGAACAUCGACCAGAAGGAGAGGGGCGAUGAUAAUGAGGGGGAAGUAGAAGAAACCCAAUCUGAGGGGGCCAUGGACCAUUUGCGAAUAUUACUGCAAUUCAUCGACUCGGAAAUUGUGCCCAGACGCCGUCAUCUCGAAAGCUCGAGCUGCAAAAACGUAGAUUUCUCAGACUUGUGGUACCUUUUCCGACCGGGCAUGGAAGUUAUCGGAAACGAUGGUAAGCAAGUCUAUCGUGUCGUGAAGGUGUCGAGUGCCCGCCACCGGGUUGUCUCAGCCUGGGAAAUGUACUGGUCGGGAGACAAGGAAAAAGACGAGAAGAAAAAUCAGCCACCAUUCAGCAUAAAAUGCGUGUUUGUUGACUUCAAUGGCACCUCGCUGGGCCCAGUCAGCAUCGACUUCAGUUUUCCAAGGUUCAUCGGAGAAAGAGAAGUGACCUCAUUCGCGGUAUAUCCACUUCGUUUCCACCCCCACAGACGAUCUGACUUCAGCGAUUCUGAAUGGCGAGCUGUGUCUAGUUUGCCCGAGGAUCAGAGGCUGAAGACGAAGCUCGUUCUCCGAGGCAAGAAAUUCUUAGAAGUUGCCAAUGUGAGGCAAAUGUAUUAUGCCGGUCCGACGAUCGAUGUGCGUGAUGAAGUUGAGAGCCAGGUCGUUGUGGACUUUGAAACCGCGUUUUCAACAGAAGAUCGAAAAGACUGGAAACCAGAGCUGGAACUGUUGAUGGGUAGUCAAGAUGAUGAGGACGACGACAAAAGACCCUGCAACGCGGCAUGCUGCAUGGGCCAAAACGUGCAUGAUGAUCAGUACGUCGACGAAAGCCAGAAAACAGAGUACAUCAAUCACCUAUUCCCCCACAGCCCAGGCAUCGACACAGAACCUUCAGUGGCCAUCAUUCCUAGAUCACUGGGUGAGAUUCAAACCGGCCCCGGCUCGAAGACUGGUUGUCAGAUUCCCGACGAAGAUCUACUCAUCAUGUCUUAUCGUGUAUUUGCGUUCGUACUCCGAAGUCGCAAAUGGGCUCAACUCGAUCUCACCUACAUAACUGAUUUGUAUACACCUGAUCCCGAAGAUAUCGGGCUUUCCGAUAUCGAGCCUCCCCGUGUCGAUCAUGUUGCAGACGACACGAGUCGAAAAACAGCUUUUGACCAACUUGUACUUGAGAAGGGGUACAAAAAGAUGAUCUUGUCUCUAACUGCCCAACAUUUCCGGGACAAGGAGUCUGCGGUAGGAGCCACGAAACAAGUCGACAUCGUCAAAGGCAAAGGCAAGGGACUCAUCAUCCUUCUUCACGGCGCUCCUGGAGUCGGCAAGACUUCUACGGCUGAGGGUGUUGCCGAGGUUUUCAAAAGGCCGUUAUUCCAGAUUACUUGCGUAGGUGACCUUGGUACCACUGCGAAAGAGGUCGAGGCCGCGCUCGAAACGAACUUCACUCUAGCUAACAAGUGGGGAUGUAUUCUUCUUCUGGACGAAGCAGAUGUUUUCCUGGCACAGCGGACAAAAGAGGACUUUGUACGAAAUGGCCUAGUAGCAGUUUUUCUGCGUGUCAUGGAGUACUACAGUGGAGUUCUCUUUCUCACGACAAACCGAGUUGGUGAUUUCGACGAAGCUUUCACAUCCCGCAUUCACGUCAGCCUCUAUUAUCCCGAGCUGGACCAGAAGAAGAUACUUGAUGUAUUCCAGAUCAAUUUGAACAUGAUCAAGGACCGCUUCAAAAGGGCGAAGCGGGAGAUUCUUAUGGAUCACUUUGAAAUAGGUGGCUUCGCGACGCAGCAUUCAGUACAAGCGAAGUGGAAUGGCCGACAGAUCCGUAACGCAUGCCAGACUGCCCUCGCGCUUGCCGAGUAUGAGGCACAGGGCAGCUCGUACGACCAAAUUCUGAAACCAAACCGUCCGGACGCAGUCGUCGAGCUCAAAGUCAAGCAUUUCGAGGAAGUUCAAAGGGCCUACAUGGAGUUCACCAAAUAUAUCAACGAAUUGUACGGCAACAACGCGGACCGCCGGGCAAAAGAGCAUAGGAUUCGUGCUCUGAUAGAUGAAAUAAGCGUUGUGGCGAGUAAGGAGGCGUUUGGGGCAACGGCCAACGCUCCGUCGCCGGCGCCAGCUACAGCUCAGGGCUCGUUUCCACCAGCUUAUCAAACAGCACCUGGGUAUCAACAACCGCCCGUUGGAAUGCAGCCCAACUACUAUGCCCAGCCCGCAGGCGUAGCCAAUUCAUACAAUCCUCAAGGUCACCAGCAGCAGUAUUCGGGGCACGUGGCAUUCAACCCAGCGAUGAUGGGCAACAGCGGGCCGCCGAACGCCGGAGGCAUUCAAAAUGCUGGUAUGCAACACCCGCCGCGAUCCCAGCAGUCUGAGAACAACCAGCAACAGCCCUGGAUGACUCAACAGCCUCAGACUCAACAGCCUCAGGGGGUGCAUGGCCCCGCGCAGCCGGUCGGAGGGUAUCAGAUGCCAUCGGGGACGGGAUCCAGGGAGGGAUUCUCGGCGGGUCAGUGGCCACAAGGAGCGCCGAACACAACUUGA